AUGAGUGGGCAACUUCUGAGUCCAGAAAAGCCAGCAUUUCAACCUGAAUGGGCUCUGGAAAAUGUCCGCAUGACAUUCUUCAAAUGUGUUAGAUGGCAGGUAGAAGAGACAAUGGAUCCAAUCAACUGCCCUUACCAUUACUUCUGCGACAGCACCUACCCUGGGAAUUAUCCUCCUGUUGUGGAUAUCCUCCUGCUUCUCUUUGCAACAGCUUCAUAUCUGGGAAUCCUAGUCUUUACAGCAAUGGAGAUAUCCGGAGGAAGAAGUUUUCAUCAAACAAGGCGAUACUUAUUGCCAACUGGUCCGGUUUCCCUCCCAGUAAUCCUCUUAGCGCUUGCCAAAGGCCGACGUAUCAACACCAUCUUUCCUCUCUCAAGCGUUGGCCCAGCAAUCCUCCAACUGCUUCACAUAUCUGCUCUUGCCUUUGACACUGAAGCGGAUUCAGACAUCAAGUAUGCAUUCUUUGAGGCAUCAACAAUCUCGGGAAUUUUGCAUGCAAGCCUGUAUCUGGAUUCGGUUAUCUUACCUUACUACACUGGUUUUGAUGCUCUAGUGUCAUCCACCUUUUCUGGUGAAUGUAUAUCUUGUGUGUGCCGGAAAGAGGUGUUGGUUGUGGGAGGAAUGCUGGUCUCCUACAGGGGGUGGUCGGCAACUACGUUUUUGGUUGUGGGGACUCUGUGUUUGAGGAUAAUCUGCAGACUGACUGCAGAUGACAACGGCAAAACCACCAUAUUUAUCAAGUCAGUCUUGGAAAGUUAUGACAUAAUAGAGAGAAUUUGGGAAUGGAUCACCACCACAAGUGUCUGA